UUAUCCAUAAUAACAAUAAUAAUAUUAAAAAAAAAAACACCUUCAAUACAAAUAUAUUACCAACAAAAAAUAUCUAUCGAUAUAUUGAUAUCAAAUCCCAAGUUUCGGCCGCGGAGUCGCGUUUAUUUUUGGUUUUUUCCUUGGUUACAUAUUUUUCUUGAAUAAAGUAUAUUUGAAGCCAGAACUCAACGAAUACAUCGGCACAAUGCUUUGACGUGCUCCUCCAAGCGAUCCUCCAAGAAGCUCACAAACGAGGAGCGGCUGCCGUACUUGGGGCCCAUUAAUAUUCACAAAAGGCUGCAAUUGGAUGUAUUAUUAGCGAAUAUUACUACUCUCAACACACAGCACAUAACGCAACCAAAUGGCUUAUAUCAAACCAUUUUAUUGUUUCUCCUCCCUCCCCCCAACACGCCAGGCAUUUCUGGGAACUAGCGUUAAUCUGCCUGUGGGUGGCGUCAAACUGCGUGCGAUCGACGACCGCCAGCAUGUCUAAGUAUAGCAGCACAACGCCGGCGAGUGUCAAGCAAGUGGAUGUGGAACUGGAGCCCAUCAAUGGCACUCCCAAAUACCGUCUGUACGGGAAGAAAGGCAAAGACGAUAAGCCCUGGUUCGAUGGACUGGACAGUCGCCACAUUCAGUGUGUGCGACGGGGUCGCUGCUAUGCCACCACAAAUUACUCAAAUACCUGCUUUGGCUCCAAAUUGCCCUAUGAAUUGAGUAGCCUCGAUUUAACUGAUUUUCAUACCGAAAAAGAGCUCAACGAGAAGCUUAACGAUUAAUACGCUCUGCGGCAUGUACCAAAAUGUUGGGCAGUUAUUCAGGUACCUUAAUCUACAGUAGAGUAAAGAAAUUGUUGUCGCUGUUUUCAAGCCGAAAUGCGAGAAAAUCAACGGCCAGGACAUGGUCUACCUGCCUUCGUAUGAAAUGUGUCGGAUUACGCUGGAACCCUGUCGCAUUUUAUACAACACAACAUUUUUCCCGAAAUUCCUGCGCUGCAACGAAACGCUAUUUCCAACGAAAUGCACAAACGGUGCGCGCGGCAUGAAAUUCAAUGUAACCGGCCAGUGCCUGAGUCCGCUGGUACCGGCCGAGUCAGCGGCCAGCUAUUAUCCGGGCAUCGAGGGAUGCGGUGUGCGCUGCAAGGAUCCUUUGUACACGGACGAUGAGCAUCGGCAGAUCCACAAGCUCAUUGGAUGGGCGGGCACGCUGUGCUUGGUCUCCAAUCUGUUUGUGGUGGCCACCUUUUUCAUCGACUGGCAGAAUGCCAACAAGUGAUUGUGCUCUACAUAAAUCUAUGCUUCCUGAUUGCCUGCAUUGGCUGGCUCUUGCAAUUCACUUCAGGAUCCCGUGAGGAUAUUGUCUGUCGCAAGGAUGGCACUCUUCGCCAUUCAGAGCCCACCGCCGACUCGCCUGAAGACAUUGAUGGAGCGCUCAGAGAUAAGGCCCCCUUAUUGAAUAGUUUAAAAUUGUAUACCUACAUAUAUAUUGAUGUUAGAAUUUCAGAAGAGUGCAAGGGACUACUGCAUGCCACAUGAUGAAGGAAAACCGUCUUUAUAAAGGCCCAGAGUGAAAAAAUAUGCAGCGAUACAAGAGGGGCUUAUAGACUCCCGAUAAAGACGGAGGCGGACCUCCAUCGCAAAAAAUCCAGAGCUGUCAGAUGCUUAUAAUUUAAAUAAACAAUCCAAUAAAUACAAAUUCCAUUAAUAUGACUGAGACGGAGCACAUGCUGCGAGGCAUCACCAUGGUAGAUUUUGGGCCCGGGGGGAAAGAAUACAAUCUGCUGCGAGCGGACGAGGAGUACAGCAAUGGAAAUGUGGAGCACUCCAUCUACUACCAGGUGAAGGCGCAGUUCCAAAAAACGGACCUGAGAUACAUUAAGGAGGUGGAGGAUCUGGUGAAUCAGCGGCCCAGCGCCCACGAUCUGCUGCGUGAGGCCAGUGACAAGGAGAGCAAGGACUAUAAAAGCAACCGAUUCUUGCAGAACAUUUUCAAAAAUCUGCAGAAAAAGGACAGCCCUUCGAUAGAGCCCAUCGAGCAUAUGGACUUCCUAGAGGAUGUGGAUGAUCCAGUGGCUGGCCUGGCGCGCAUCACCGACAUCUGCAAUAGCCUGCCCAGCGAAUGGUGUGUCCUGCAUCUCUGCAAGAGCUUCAAUCCGGACGCCACUUACUCGGUUUUCAACGAGAUCUUUGCCUCCGAUGGUUCCAUCUACUUGUCCCUGCUACGACACUGCCGGAGCCCCGAACUGGGACCAAUUUGUUUGCGAUUCCACAACAACGGCCUGGCGGAGGUCUUAAAGCAGUACAGCACCCUGGUGAACCGUUUCAGACGAGUGGUCACCGUGGAUCCGCUGAAUGUGAAGAGCAAGGAGGCCAAGCAGAAGUAUUGGGAGAAGCUAAACGGCUUUGAUGCUUUUCUACAGAAUCUUCUCUCGGAAUUUCGGGAUAUCAUGUUGCCCUAUUCCUUUGUAUUCCUGGGCAAACGCUACGACUGCAGCGCAGUUGCAAAGCAAUCUAAAGCUGUCUUCGACCGCGUGGACGAGUUAUGCGUGAACCGUCAGUGGAGCAAUCAUCAGCGCGUGCUGCUCUCCCAGGCGUCGCUGCAUGCCAACCGACUGACCUCCACGGACAUGAAACUGAUUCCCUACGUAAUAACCAGCAACGAGAAUGAAAUCCACAUGGUCUACGAUAUGCUCAGGGUAUUCGCCAGCGAAUGGCAGCCGCUGGAAGAUCGCCAAGUGCAAGUGGCCAAGAGUUUUCCCAUCAUUCUGGUGGUCGAUGAGCGACUGGAUCAUCUGCAUUGGGAGCAGCUGGCAACGACCCAGGAGUUUUCCCGCGUCAAAUCGUUGCACUGCCUGUGGCGGCUAUAUCAAUACCACAAGAAGAGCAUCCGCCAUGGCUACUACACCAGCAGCAUUAAGCGUGGCAUGUGCGUAAUCAAUCCCGGAGCGGACUUACCCAACUCUGGAAGGAGACUGAGGACCUUCUUCGAAUACUGGCUCUCCCACUGGAGGCAUCUGUUCGAGACGGUGCCCACCGAGCAGGUGAUGCUCCAACAGGCCUACCAGGCCGAUUGUUUUGUUUAUGCUGGUCAUGGCUCUGGGUUGCAGUACAUCAAUGGACGUGCCAUUUGUCGUGCCCAUGUCCGCAGUGUGGUAUUUCUCUUUGGCUGCGAUUCCACACGGGUGCUGGGCACGGGUCUGUACAGCGCCCUUUAUGGAGCCCAUGAUUAUUACCAAAGCGCCCUUUGUCCCACCGUUGUGGGCACCCUGAUGCCCGCACUUGAUGCCAAUAUGGACAACGUCUCUGUGACGGUGCUCAGCCUUUGGCUGAGUCCCGGAAAUAGCCAAUUGAUGCCCUGGACCCACAUCCACAAAAUGUCCUGGAACAAAAAGGGGAUUAUCAAAGCUUGCGGCGAUAGUGAGGUGCCGCCGCCCACCAUGGCAGAGCAGCCCAACUACCAUUUGGGAAGCUUGAGCUCCAUUCUGUCCCUGGUGCAACAGCGCAAGGUCGAGCCGCAUGUCUACAAUUGCUGCAUUUACGUGUGUAGGGGUCUGCCCGCCUGGAAUCUGGCCGUGGAACCGAUGCCCUUCUAAAUCCCUUCUAGUUUCAAUUCGUAUGGCAAUCAAUUAGAAAAUUAUCAAAAAAUGAUGUACGAGUAUGUAAAAGAAUCGUUGCUCAAGCCACUACUUCAGACGGUGCUCAUUAGAUUGCAUAAAACAUUAUUUAUAACACACUCAGAGAAAUUAUUUUAAGAAUAAACCAAAUACUGGACACACAGUUUAACAUCAUC